AUGGAUGUACCUAUCCAACUGAAUUCGCUCGCCCCCGAUGCCAGCUGCACGGAUCGCUUGGUUUUCUGCCAUUUCAUGGGUCUCCCAACUUACACUAUUCAGAUUGGCAUUGUCAGUAAUCGACAGAAUCCAACCGACUAUGAUGGUGACAUGCAACAAGCACGGGAGUACGGCAUUGAUGCAUUCGCCCUGAACAUCGGCACAGACUCCUAUACCGACAGCCAGCUGUCUUUCGCUUACGAUUCUGCCGCUAGAAAUGAUAUGAAAGUGUUUAUCUCGUUUGACUUCAACUGGUGGCGUCCAGACCAGGGUAGCGAUGUCGGAGUCAAAGUUCGCCAAUUCGCUGAUCAUCCCGCUCAACUCAUGGUUGACGGCAAAGUGUUUGUAUCCUCCUUCUGUGGCGAUGGUGUCGAUCCCGAUGCAAUUCGAAAUUCUGCCGGUAGAGAGAUCUUCUUCGCACCAAAUUUCCAUCCUGGCCAGGGCGAUUUCGGUAAUAUUGAUGGUGCCUUGAACUGGAUGGCGUGGGAUAGUAAUGGACAGAACAAGGCUCCGACUGAAGGAAACGCGGUAUCUGUGGCGGAUGGUGAUGAUGCGUAUGUACAACGGCUCGGUGACAAGGCAUACAUUGCGCCCGUCUCUCCAUGGUUCUUUACGCACUUUGGGGACGAAGUCUCCUACAGCAAGAACUGGGUGUUUCCCUCUGACCUGCUAUGGUACCGACGAUGGAAACAUAUUCUGGACCUGAUGCCUCGCUUCGUGGAAAUUAUCUCAUGGAACGACUACGGCGAGUCGCACUACAUCAGUCCCUUAUCGUCACCACACACAGAUGACGGCUCAUCGAAAUGGGUGAUGGAUAUGCCUCACAAAGGCUGGCUCGAGAUGGCCAAACCUUUCAUCGCGGCCUACAAAUCAGGCUCCCCGUCGCCAACCAGCUUCAUUCACGAAGAAAUGAUAGUGUACUGGUACCGCCCAGCCCCCAAAUGUGUCAACUGCGACGCAACCGACAACACCAUGCAGGAAACCACUCCCACUGGCGGGUAUUACUGUCGCGGGAAGCCAGACGGGUGGGAUACAAUGGAGGAUGAAGUAUUUGUCGUGACGUUGCUGAAGGAGCCCGCCCUUGUGAAGGUAUUGUCGGGGCCGAAUACUCGAACCUUGCAAGCGCCGGCCGGUGCGCACGAGUGGUCUGUUCCGAUGGGUGUGGGUACCCAGUCAUUCGAGGUUCGUCGGGGAGAGACUCUUGUCGAGGCUCUCUCCGGGGUCAGCGCGCGAGACAUUGUUGACAGAUGUCCACUUGGUAUCUACAAUUUCAAUGCAUAUGUCGGUACGCUACCUGUGCAUUCUGAACAUGAUCAGUUGGGACGGGAAGGAAUGGCUCUGUUGUUGCAGGGUCUGCGAUCGCCUCUUCCGCCUUGUGAGGAGGUUUCAGAACACCAUGUACCUCCUCGUACUCACUCCCGGAUAUCUUCGCCUCCACCAGAAUCUCCCAGCUGCUGUACCAUCAUCUGA